AUGAUAUCGAAAUUCAGAAAGCUAUUGGCUGAUUCCUCUUUCAAUAGCCAUAAAAACUUCAAAGUUCUAACCAGUCUUUUGUCCAAAAAUUACUCAGCACCAUCAGAAAGAUUUCUUGAUGUCAAGAUUUAUCCUCCACAUCAUUCGUUUUUAAAUAAACCCCCAAACUAUCCUCAAAAUCCAAUUCUAUUUAUUCAUGAUAUAUUUGGCAACAAAAAUCUUUAUUCAAAAGAAGUUGAUGAAUUAUCUCAAAGAUUGGAAACACCCGUCUACAAUAUUAAUUUGCCAUAUAAUCUUUUAAAUAAAAACUUAUUGGAUUUGUCCAAAAUAUUUUCUUAUCAAAUUGAUCAGAAUUUAAAGUUGAAUAAAUUCAACUUAAUUGGAUAUGGGUUUGGUGGUAAAUUAUCAAUGAUUUUUUCCCUCUUAAAUCCCGAUCAAGUUGAUAAAUUAGUUAUUGUUGAUGAAAUUCCAAAAAUGAAUAAUCAGUUAGUUAUAGAAGAUUUUAAGACCUAUCUUAAUGUCUUGGACCAUAUAGUUAAUGACUUAAAACUAUCAAAAUCAAAUAAAUCUUGGGUUGAGAUCUCUCAAGAUUAUAUUUCGAAAUCAAUCACUGAUCCGGCUAUUCAGAACUACUUACUACUAAAUUUGACGAAUGCAAGAAAUUCUACUCAUAGCUCAAAACACAUUGAAUCAAAAAUUCCGCUAGAUCUAAUUGGCCAGACCAUUCACAACAAGAAUCUAGUUGAUUGGCCAGAAAAGAAAUUAAAUAAUCGACAAUUCAAUAACAAUACUUUUUUUUUGCUUGGAAAAUCUUCCAAAUACUUGAAAAAUCAGGGAGUUUUCACAAAUGAUGUUUUCAACUACUUUCCUAAUAAUAAAAUUGAAUAUUUGAAUACUUCUCAUUUUUUAAUCGAGGAACAAAGCACAACGUUUGUCAACAAAGUUUGUGGUUAUUUGAUUAAUAAUGGUGAUAUUGACGAUAUUCCUGACAAUGCAGUGUCAUCUGCUUGUGAGGUUACCUGA